GGGGGAUAUAUCCAGCGGGAGCAGCCCGGCUCCCCAACCCCGCCGUCCGCACCGAGCCCCGGCCAGUUUCCCGUCUCGCGUGCUGCCGCGUCCUCUCCAUGGCCAAGCCCAGCCCGAGCCCCAUCUCCUCGGGGGAGCUGCGCGGCCCGCGGACCUGCGACUGCGAGCUGGCCCUGCUGCCGCUGCGCCAGCUGCUGGUGCUGCAGCCCGACUGCUUCCAGCUGCGCGGGGACCAGCUGGCCGUGCUCCGCCCGCCGCGCCACCGGCCCGCCGGCGGCUUCACCGUGCUCAGCGAUGGCGCCCUGCACCACGACGGGCAGCGCCACUGCCGCCUCACCGGCCACUUCAAGAGGGAUGUAGAACUCACCAGCCAUCGUGAUUAUAAAGACUACAGAGAAACUAUACUAACCAGACCACUAGUAUUCUUCACAAAUGUCAGAACAAAAAAUUAUUCCUCAAAAGUUUCAGAAAAAACAUACGCACUUAUCGUGAACACACGACAUCCUAAGAUCAGAAGACAGAUAGAGCAUGGUAUGAACACAGUAAUAUCCUCAGUGUUCGGAGAAAGUUACAAACUGCGGUUUGAUUUCCAAGAAGUUGUCAAGAAUUUUUUCCCUCCUGGAAGCCAUUUAGUUACCGGAGAAGACUUGAGCUUUUCCUAUGAGUUCAAAUCUGAUGCCCUGUUUGAUUUCUUCUAUUGGUUUGGGAUCAGCAAAAACACAGUUGCAGUGACUGGGAAAGUUUUGAAUUUGUCCAAUACCACUCCAGAAAAGAAAGAAAUAAGCACUAUGUUUCUAGAAAAAAUGAGUGAACCUUAUGUCCGUUUGAACAGUUUUUCAGACAGAAAAUUCACCUCAAGAGAUUCGAUAGAUGGUUUUAACUGCAGUCCGACACCACAGCCAUCUUUAACAAAUCCUCCUGUGAGAGUAUGUUGAACCCCAAGAGUUCAAGAAUCAGAAGGAAGACCAACAAAAUUCAUGAAAUUGGUAUAAAAAUCAUAAGACUUUCAACUGAGAAUGCAAAUGCACAUCAAUGCAUUGCAGGAGUGAGAAGUUUGAGAAGGGAGGAGUGAGGCAGCUGUUCCUUGUUUGUGUCUAGGAUACCAGGAAGGGAUUCUGCUCUAUUCUUUACUCUUCCAUCCCCAAACAUCAUCCUGUUUCUUUUGAAAUGGGCAUCUCCAUGGGAAGCAGAGUAGUCAGUGGGUAUUGUGUAGCUCCUCUUUUCCUCUGUCCAUAACACCAAGUCUGUUUGCUUACCACUGCAACGCACACUGAGGCCUGGGCUACACUGGCGCUGUACAGCGCUGCAACUUGCUGCGCUCAGGGGUGUGAAAACGUCCCCCCCCCCCCCGAGCGCAGCGUUGUAAAGCGCCAGUGUGAUCAGAGCCUGCAGCACUGCGUGCUCUCUCGCAGCACUGCAAGCUACUCCCCUCGGAGAAGUGGAGUACUUACAGCGUGACUACACUCACGCUUCACAGCGCUGUGAAUUCCCGAGUGUAGCCAAGGCCUCAGUACAGAAUUCUUCUAUGAUUGCUACUUCACUUGCUUUGCCUAAACCCAGAUGGUGAGGUGAUUAGCAUGGUUCUCCUGAAGACUUGGCAAUGUGAGAAUAGGUCUCAAAUUGUUGGUUAGGAAACUGUUAUCACAGUGUUCCAAUAAACAUCCAAGUUAGGCUCUGUUAUCACUGGCUGUUGGAUCAUGUUUAAACACCUUUUUGCUGCAACUUCUCCUGAACUUUCUUACAACACUGGCCAAACUAUGUUAAGCCAAAGAAUCUUCAUUAAAAAAUGUUUAAAACUAUUCCUUGAUCCCUAUCCACACAAGUAAGCCUAGCAGAGUUAUAAACUAGUUUUGCUACAAUCUGUUUUGAUCUAUGUUUAAAUGUAUUUUUAAAAACGUUUCUGAGGCCAGUGAGGACUUGAGGACUGACAAGGCUGUUGUGAAUCUAGAAGCUGGGUAUAGUAUCCAAGAUUGUUUUCUAACUGUUGAUCUAUAAAUUUUUGGGGCGAAAAAAAUAGAAGCUUGCGAUUAAGGCAGAGGACAGGGAAUCAGAAGAUCUAAAUUCUGUUCCCACCUCAGUCACAUGCUGUUUAACCUCUCUGUGCAUCUAUUUCCAAAAAUAUGUAAAAUGGGGGAAAAACAUUUAAUCUAUCUCUCAGGAGUGUUGAGGCUUCAUUGAUGUUUGUAAAGCCCUUUCAGAGCCUCCUACGGGAGGUGCUAAAUGAGUCCAAUGUUGCUAUACUUGUACUUUUUUAAAGUGGUCUGGGUAUGCUGCUAUCUCACUUGGAGAUGACUGAAGUCUGAGACUAUAAGUUAUGCCUUGAGGCAAGUACACUAUUAUCUUCUGGCACACUAAAUCAGUUAGUAAAAAUCUUAAACUUCAAUACUGUUACUUAAAUCACAGUAUGUUUUGUUACUUAAAAUGUUUUCCACUUACUGCCAUUCUUUUAGAGGUUAAAAAAAAAUUCGGUAUAAAACCCAUCAGUAGUAAUGAAUCUCUUUCCAAAGGAGGCUUUAACACAAAACAAGGCUGUACAUUCACUUUAUCUCUCAUAGUUUGAGAUUUUUAGCUGUAAUUUGUUUGAUGUCUUCAUUUAUCAUGUGCAUUUUACUGGUAGUAUUUAAAGUGUCAGAUGGGUCAUGACUUUCAAAACUUUUAAAAAUCAGCCACUGUUAAUGGUUGAGCCAUACAUUGUCUCCCCCAUUGAAUAAUUGAUCAUGGAAGAACUUCUUGAGAAACAGAUGCAUACAGUACACAUGGCUCCUGAGGUUAAAAUGACUGACAUUCUUGAUGACUUGGUGGAAGACUAAAUUUCACAGUAUUUUGUACACACUUCCAGAUAUUGGUGAGAAUCCACAUUGCCAUAGACACUGGAAGCACCCUGGUAAUUACUUUGAUUCAUAAAGAAAGACUUAUGGUAGCUGAGAACUUGCCACAAAAUUCUUCUUUCUUUCCAGAAUACCUGUAAAGCAGCCUUGGAGACUAUAUUAAUAGCAAUCUUACAUCUUGCAAAGUUUAGACUGAAUAACUAAUUUUGAAGAUGCUUUUAAUAAGUUUUCAAUUAUGCAAUUUGACAGAGUGGCAGCUGGCCUUGGUGACUAAUUUUUUUUCUAUAUGUAUGGUGUCUGAGUAAAACUGACUUUAGUAAUAAACCUAAUAUACCAUAUCCUUUAUAAUCAACAUUGUAAUGAAGUUCUUCUGUAUUUUACUGCUGGCCUUUGUGUACUUUUAUUAAGCUCAUGUAUACUGUACAGUAGUCUUUUUUUACUCUGUUUGAAGCUAUCUACUGUAUAUACUUGCUCAAACACCUUAAUUUUGCUUGUUCAGAAAAAAUCCUAUGAGGAGUGGAAUAAUACUCAUAUUGUUAGAAUACAGCAUUAAAUUUUGCUGGAAUCCACCUAUAAAGGGACUAGUCAAACUUUAAAUAUCUUGUAAACUUAUUUUAGACAUUUUCUAAUAUUGCAUUGUAUAGGACCACACAACUAUUUUGUACAUUUUUUUUGUACUUUUGUUUAAAAUAGGUUAUUUCCAGUUCUAAAGAUUUGUUUUUAAUGUAUGAUUCUACCUGUGUAGGCAUGUGCCAAAACUGGAGCUGUCGAUUAAAAAAUUAAUCAAACUGUUUAAAUAGUA